CACUGAAAACCUUUCACUAACCUCUGCUUACUUGUGCCUCCCGUUCCCCCACAGACUCACCCGACUGUAUGGAGUGUAAGGCAGUGCUCGAGGACCUGGAGAACAUCGACUCAGACACCGAUAGACACGGGAUUAUAUUCGUUAAAACGGCGGAGUCGGAGAUAGCGCGCGAGUACGGCAUUAAACUGCUACCGGCGCUCAUAUACUUCGAGCGCCAGAUCCCCAGUAUAUACGAGGGAGACAUGAGGGCCGAGGAGGACGUCCUUCAAUGGCUCGUCCAACAGAAGACUGAGGACACCAUCGAGUCUGUGAACCGGGAACUCCUGGAACAGCUCAUUGAGACGACACAGUAUUUGGUGGUCUUCUUCUAUAAGCCGAGCUGUAGGGCCUGUGAUAUAGUGUUGGAUGAGUUGGAGAACAUUGACGACGACUGCGAGAUAUAUGGCAUUAAUUUUGUCAAAAUACAGGACAUACCGCUCGCCAAACGCUACGGCAUAAAGACAUACCCGGCCCUCAUCUACUUCCGCAAUGGAAAUCCACUCAUAUAUGACGGCGACCUCCGGAACGAGGAGGCGGUACUCGAAUGGCUGAUCGACGACGACAACCGGGAGUUGGCCGACGAGAUCGAGGACGUGAACGCCCGGAUGCUGGAGAAGCUCAUUGACGACAGCCCUUUCCUGGCCGUACUUUUCUAUGAUAACGACUGCGAUGAGUGUCAGGAUGUGCUCAAAGAGCUCGAGAACAUUGACGAUGACGCCGACCUUUUUGGCAUCGACUUUGUGAAAGUGAACGACGAUAAGGCUGCCCACAAGUACAACGUGCAUACCUUUCCCACUCUGGCCUACUUCCGCAAACAGAGUCCAAUCCUAUACGACGGCGACCUCCAGGACGAGGAAAAGGUCCUCAAAUGGCUGACCAGUAAUGAUGUCUUCGAGAUCAAGGAUGAGAUCGAAGAAGUGAACCGAAAAAUGUUGGAUAAACUGCUCAAUGAUAACGACUUCGUGGCCGUCUAUUUCUAUGAGAAGGACUGUUACGACUGCGAGGAAGUGUUGCAUGAGUUGGAGCACAUCGACGACGAGUGCGAUGACCUGGACAUCAUGUUUGUCAAGAUAAGGGACAGUCGGUACGCCAGGAAGUAUGGCAUCAGCGAAGUGCCGGCGCUCGUCAUGUUCAGAAAAAAGUUUCCGGCUAUUUAUCGC